AAUCGAAAUCGAGUGUUGCGAUGGCGCAGAAAAGGAAGAAUGAUGGAGAAUUAGCAGAGAGUUCGUCUUGUAAGAAACAGAAGACGAAGGGAAAGGCUAAUUUUAUCUUUUCUGCAGCUGCUGCUAUGUUCUUUCCUCUAUUGUCCUUUAUAACCAACAACAAUUUUUUACUUAAAUUAGGGAAGAAGAACCCGCCCUCAAUUCAUCAGCUGGACGUUGAUGAUUCGGUCACGGUUCAGUUUCCUGAGGAAAUACUUGCCAACAUCCUCAGCAGGUUACCUGUGCGGUCUCUUGUUCGAUUCAAAUGUGUUUCCAAAUUUUGGACAACAUUGAUAUCUGAUCCUUAUUUUACAAUGAAGCAUCUCAAUCGUGCCAGGAAUGACCAUGAUUCCCAAAAGCUUCUUAUCUACCAAUGGGGCCCUAAGGAUUCUACGUUCUCCCUAUAUUGUUGUCCUUUAUCGCCAGUUCAACAGGCUAAGGAUGUACAAAAACUUAAACUUGAUUGCCCUUCAACCCUUAAACCAAGGAGUUGUCUGAUCCAUUGUUGUUACAAUGGCUUAGCUAUUAUCGAGAUUCGUGAUAAAGAUCGCGUCAAAUUUUUGCUGUGGAACCCUUCCAUAAGAGAAUCAAUAGUACUUCCCCCUCUGGGAUGUCCCGGGGAUGGACGUUCUCGUUUUGGUUUGGGUUAUGACUCAAGCAGUGGUAAGUAUAAGAUCAUUCAUAUGCACCAGAACCUAGAAGGUCCCAAUUAUCCUAAAGAAAUUCUCGCGUUGAAAGAUGGCUCUUGGAGAAGCAUUGAUGAACAUCCUCGUGCCAAUCGCUGUUGGUUUUAUGCCACUGAUUCUUUGCCAUUUAUACAUGCGGCAUUUCAUUGGAUCCAGGUUUCAAGAAAUUAUUUUGUGGUGAUUUCGUUUAAUAUUUCAAAUGAAGUGUAUGGAGAGAUACCUUUGUCAGUGGAAAUAUUAAGCUUGAAGCCAGGCCCUGACACUGUUGGCGUUUCUGUGUUGGAAGGAAUGCUUUGUGUUCAUUCUAAUCUUUUUUUUACGGGAAAUGGUACUUUUAAGGUAUGGGUAUUAAAAGAGUAUGGUGUCAAGGAAUCUUGGAUGCCAUUGUUAACUAUAGUAAAAGAUACUCCGUAUGUUUAUGCCGCGCCGAGACAUAGGUUUGCGGAUGGUGAAGUGCUAUUCUGGUGCCUGAAUAUUGAAACUAGAGGGCACACAUUUAGGACGGUCAGUAGACCAUUUAGAUCAUGGCCUCGAUGGGUAACUAGAGGGCACACAUUUAGGAUGGUCAGUAGACCAUUUAGAUCAUGGCCUCGAUGUGAUACCAUUCAAGGUGGACAUGCUUUUACCGAAAGUUUGAUAUCUCCAAAAUCACUCUAAGGGGUUCGAAAAAUAAAAAUAUGGUCCUGAAAUUUGAACUAGAAAACUCAAAAUACAAGUUAUCUAUUCUAACUUUCCAUCAGGGUAAACUUGGAUCAACUUUCUGUUUGGAAGUUCAUUGAGAUCAUAUAUAGCUUUCAGCAACUUGUGCAAUUGCCUUUCCUUCUCUUUUGAGGACGAGUCCUUCUGCUGCCCAGUGUUGAAACAUGGUGAUUUUUCGGGAUUAUGCUCAGAUAAGUGAAACAGGACUUGAGAUAGAAAGACAAGUCUUGAUAACCUAUAGUGAGUAACCUUUUCAUGUGCUUGAGUUCGAUAUAAUUACUUGUUAACAAGUCUGCCACGAAACAACUCCCACACCUCUAUUUCAUUCCCUUUGGUAGCCAGUGCACCAGCAAUCAUCAAAAUCGCCAUUGGCAAACCGUUGCAUAUUUUUCUAUGAUGUCUUUUGAGAUUUGCAUCAGAGACAGAGGAGGAUGUAACGGGCUGUCAGAUAAAGCUUUUCUGCUGGAAGGAAUCAAAAAUUCGUCUUCAGACAAAGGAUAAAACACGACUAUCACCACCAGUUUCCGCGCAAAUGUGAUGACAUAUUUCAUAAAAAUACCAUAUGAUGAUAACCUUGCAGACACCACUAGGAAACAAACAUUUGAGAGUCCGAAUAUCAGGGACAUCAAUCAUCAAGGACAACUAAGUAACUCAAAGAAUCGUUGGUCAUCAUCAAGAACUACUUCUUCAAGCCUCGACACCUUCCAACAUCAUUAAAAGAUUAUCAUUUUGAGCUUUAAAUAACUUUUCAGACAUCAAUGAAUGAUGGCCCAUAAUCCUUUUUCUUGAAA